AUGGUUCACGUCCCCGUGCUUUACCCGCCGUUUUAUUGCACCAAGUGGCGGCAAUCCAACGCUUUUUCACGUGAAACAAUUGCUUUUUUACUUGAGACACAAAUCGCCGUCGAAAGAGGUAGUCGCCGUCGAGUUGUGUUGUCAGAUUCCGGUGGGAUGACGCAACUCGGCGUGAAAAGAGGCAAGCAUGUUCGUCGGAGGAGAUUGGAACUCUGCAGAAUGAAAUCUUUGUGUCAGGCACAGAAUGGCUUCGUCAGAAACGAAACUCUAACCGGAGAAGAUCAGUUUUCCUGGAAAACUGGAUCCGACAUUAGAAGGACUGAUAUUGAUGAUACAGAGACCGAAAAGUCUAGGAAAUGCCAAGAGUCAUCCGUGGUAUCAUUAUCGUUUCCAGCGAAUUCAUCGGGUCUGUCAUCUGAAAAUGACGUCAUUCUAGCGGGAGCUUGUUGUCGUAGAGGCGAAAUGCAUAGAGGAGAAGAGAACUCACAGAUUGUUACGUGCUGUUCAUAUGGAUCGAUAUCGGUGAUUGGACGAAGAAGAGAAAUGGAGGAUGCUGUGACAGUACAGCUAGGGUUCUUGACCAGAGAUUCUAGAAAAUAUGAUUUUUUUGGUGUGUAUGAUGGUCAUGGGGGAUCACGUGUUGCACAUGCUUGCCGAGACCGGUUACACAGGUUAGUGUUAGAGGUGGAAGAAGAAGAUCAGGAAGAGAAGAGAGAGGUGGAUUGGGAGAAGGUGAUGAAAGCGAGCUUUGGAAAGAUAGAUGAAGAAGUGAGUGGGUCAGAGUUAUCAUCGAUAGGUUCGACGGCGGUGGUGGUCGUGGUGGGAGAGGAAGAGGUGGUGGUCGCUAAUUGUGGGGACUCUAGAGCUGUGCUGUCAAGAUGUGGUGUUGCUAUACCCUUGUCUAAUGAUCACAAGCCUGACAGACCUGAUGAGUUGGAGAGAAUUGAAGGCUUUGGAGGGAAAGUCAUAAAUUGGAAUGGGCAGCGGGUUUUAGGAGUUCUUGCUACGUCGAGAUCUAUAGGUAUUUGUGUUGAGCAUCCAGAAGAUUCCGAUUCCGAUUCCCUAUGGUUACGCAUGGAUAAUUUUUUGAAUGGUUUAUACAAGUUUUUUGUUGGUACACAAAUCAUAGAUGAUCAGGAGUCAGAUGUUCCUACUGGUGAUCACUUUCUUAAACCAUAUGUAAUUUCAGAACCAGAUGUCGUAGUGAGCAAAAGAACUGAUACGGAUGAAUUCCUGAUAAUAGCCAGCGAUGGUCUCUGGGAUGUCGUCUCUAAUGAGGUUGCAUGUCAGAUUGCAAGAAAAUGCUUAGCUGGCCGACUGAAGAGUCGGUCCCAAGAAAUUGGGAGUGAAGAAAAAUUUGAUGGUAUUGUAAACGAGGGCCGUGCUGUGGAGGCAGCUGCUGUACUAACCGAGUUCGCAAUGGCUCUGGGUAGCAAAGACAACAUUAGCAUCAUAGUAGUGGAGUUAAAGAGACCUGCCGCUAGAUGAAUAGUCUAAUGUAGUUUUUCUUUCUGAGGUAACACAUUGGAAUUGAAUUUGGUUAUCUUUGCUUGGUUCAUGUAACAAAAGAUCUUGCCCUUUCUGUUCAAUCUGAGGCUUUCUUGUUUGUGAAUUUGGCAAAUGUACAGCACUACUCUUCACUGACCAUGGAUUAUUUGGUCAUGUUUUGGUCAACAAAUUCGUAUCAAAGGAG